AAUGUAAUUUAUAAAUGAAGGAGUUGAAUGGUUUGAAAUCCAUUCUACAAUCUGGGCUAAUGAUGUAGCAUGUAUAAUAAAUGCUUAAAAUAAGUGUUGAAAGACAAUUAUAUUAUGGGCUUUAAGGGAAAGCAUAGACGUAUAGCUUUAGGCAGUUCAAUUGGGUUGUUGAUGCUCACUCAAUUAGCUUAACGAAAUCCUAUAGGAGCUUUACGUGUAGGUGCUUUUGCAUUUCCUGUGCUCAGCUAUGUGAUAUGCCCUGAGAUAUACAAUUCCUUAUUAUGAU